AUGGGUGGACUUUUCUUCUUAUACGGUCAAGGUGGUUGUGGAAAAAUAUUCUUAUGGUCAACUAUAUCAUACUCAAUUAGGUUUAAAGGAGGUAUAGUUUUAAAUAUUGCCUCGAGUGGGAUUGCUGCACUUUUGUUGCCUAAUGGAAGAACUGCACAUUUAAGGUUUAAAAUUCCUUUGGCCAUAAAUGAGGAUUCUUUGUGUAACAUUAAACAGAGAAGUCCUCUUGCAAGGUUAAUAUCCAAAGCCAAAUUAAUCAUAUGGGAUGAAGCUCCAAUGAUAAGUAAGUAUUGUUUCGAAACUUUAGACAAAUGCCUCAGAGACAUCUUAAGGUGCUCAGAUUCGUAUAAUGCUCAUUUGCCAUUUGGAGGUAAAGUUGCUGUUCUUGGAGAAGAUUUUAGACAAAUUUUACUUGUGAUUCCCAGAGGUUCAAAGCAAGAUAUAAUUCAGUCUUUUAUUAAUUCUUCAUAUUUGUGGCAUAACUGUAAGGUUUUGAAGCUUACAAAAAACAUGAGAUUGUUACUAGGUGAAAACAACAACAUACAAGAACUCAAAAAUUUUGGAGAAUGGCUACUUAAAAUUGGUGAUGGUUUGGCUGGUGAUACAACAGAUGGUAAAUCGAUCGUUCAUAUACCAUCUGACAUUUUGAUUAAGAACUCUGAGACAGCUUUGGAUGACCUCAUUAAUUUUGUAUAUCCAGAUAUGUUAUCCAAUUUAUCCGUUGAAAAUUAUUUCAAGGAUAGAGCAAUCCUUGUACCAACUUUAGAUUGUGUCACUGAUGUCAACAACAAGAUGACUGCAGGGUUACCUGGACAAGAAAGAGUAUACUUAAGUUCAGACUUUGUGUGUGCUGAAGAGGGAAAUAUGGAAUUUGAGUUAGAUGCUUUCUCACCGGAGAUUCUAAAUGGAAUAAAUUGUUCAGGUCUACCACCACACAAGUUGGUUCUGAAGAUUGGCGCUCCUUUUAUGUUGCUGCGGAAUAUAAACCAAACUAAUAGUUUGUGCAAUGGAACGAGGAUGCAAGUUAGAAGAAUGGGAAAUCAUGUGAUAGAAUGCAAGACUUUAACUGGUAACAAAGCUGGAAGUAUUGUUCUUAUCCCAAGACUGAAUCUAAUUCCAAAUAAUGAAACAUUGCCGGUCAGGUUUCAAAGAAGACAAUUUCCAAUUAUCAUGUCAUUUGCAAUGACAAUAAAUAAGUCUCAAGGACAAACUCUAUCGAAAGUUGGAAUUUACCUUCCAAUGCCAGUUUUCACCUAUGGUCAAUUGUAUGUUGCGUUAUCAAGGGUAACGAGUAAAGAUAGUCUGCGAGUGCUGUUGUAA